AUGGUACCAUGUGACGUGUUGAUUUCUCAAGUGGCAUUCUCAUGCUCAUGGGAUAUUCUUCUUUGCAGAAUUGUUGAGGACUUUUAUGCUAGUGAUGAAGAAGUGCGAGAGACUGCAAGGAGACGUGGGAAGCAUAUUCCCAUCUCACUGAUCAAAACACUGCCAAGUGUGCUUGUGUUUUUGGCUGCAUCCAUCCCUGUAUUCCUCACUGAGUUUGGUAGAAAGAUCUACCUGGACAUUUGGCUGUAUGGAUCAGUCCUUUCCUAUUCCUGGCUUGCAAUCAAAGCUGUCUGCUAA